AUGAGAGCUGUAAUCAAAGCCUGUGCUGAUGGCGGUGCAAAUCAUUUACAUCAUAUCACCAAUGGUCAACAAGAUGAAUAUUUGCCAGAUUUCAUCAGUGGGGACUUUGAUUCUAUACAGCCGUUGGUGAAGGAAUUCUAUACUGCAAAGGGAUGUGAACUGAUUACAACACCAGAUCAAGACUUUACUGACUUCACAAAGUGCCUUUCAAUCCUACAAAAUAAAGUUCAGCAAAACAGUCUUCAGGUGGAUGUCAUUGUUGUGUUGGGCGGACUUGGGGGACGCUUUGACCAGAUUAUGGCUUCAGUGGAGACACUCUAUCAUGCUGUCAAAAUCACCUCCAUCCCAGUAUUAGUGAUUCAAGAUUCAUCUCUUAUCUAUCUUCUGCAGCCUGGGAAACACAAACUGCAUGUGGCAACAGGAAGAGAAGAGAAAUGGUGCGGCCUUAUUCCUGUAGGAGCUCCAUGUCAUGUCGUGACUACAACUGGUUUAAAGUGGAAUCUCUCUGCCGGAGUGCUGGCAUUUGGAACUUUGGUCAGCACCUCAAAUACCUAUGAUGGCAGUGGCAUUGUUACAGUGGAAACUGAUAGUCCUUUACUAUGGACCAUGGGAAUAAAGUCCUCCAUCAAUGAAUAAAAACAACUAAAGAAAACAUUCUA